AUGGAGCCAGAAAAUCUAACACGGGUUGCAGAAUUCCUCCUCCUGGGACUUUCAGAGGACCCAGAGCUGCAGCCUGUCCUCUUUGGCCUGCUGCUGACCAUGUACCUGGUCACAGUGCUUGGGAACCUGCUCAUCAUCCUGGCCGUCAGCUCUGACUCCCACCUCCACACCCCCAUGUACUUCUUCCUCUCCAACCUGGCCCUCACUGACAUCUGUAGCACCUCCACCUUAGUCCCUAAGAUGCUGCUGAACAUCCAGACAGAAAGCAAAGCCAUCUCCUAUGCAGGCUGCCUCACUCAGGCAUAUUUUUUCAUGGUUUUUCUAUGUAUGGACAACUUACUGCUGACCGUGAUGGCCUAUGAUCACUAUGUGGCCAUCUGCCACCCCUUGCAUUACAUGGUCAUCAUGAACCCCUGCCUCUGUGUCCUGCUGGUUCUAAUCUGUCUGCUCAUUAGCACUGUGGAUGCCCUGGUGCAUGCACUGCUGUUGCUGCGUCUGUCUUUCUGCAAACACCUGGAGAUCCCCCACUUCUUCUGUGAUCUGACUCAGAUCCUCAAGGUAGCCUGUUCUAAUACCCUCGUCAACAACACUAUUUUAUUGUUAGCAACCAUCCUCUUGGGUUUUGGUCCUGUCUCUGGGAUAAUUUUCUCUUAUGCUAGAGUUGUCUCCUCCAUCCUGAGAAUCCCAUCCACUGGUGGAAAGUAUAAAGCUUUUUCUACCUGUGGGACUCACCUGUCUGUGGUUUCCCUGUUCUAUGGGGCUUCUAUUUGGGUUUACCUGAGUUCUGCUGUGACUGAUUCUCCCAGAAUGAGUGCCAUGGCCUCGGUGAURUACACYRUGGUCACCCCCAUGCUGAACCCCUUCAUCUACAGCCUGAGGAACMRGGACAUGAAGGGCGCCUUGAGAAAACUCAUCUUAGGAGUAUUUUCUUUCUUGUGA